AUGCCUCAAUUAAACCCCGCCCCUUGAUUCGCAAUUCUUGUUUUCUCUUGAGUAGUCUUCCUGACUAUUAUCCCCCAAAAAAUCUUAGCCCACAAUUUCAAUAAUGAGCCCACUACUAUGGGGGCCGAAAAAGCCAAACCUGAACCCUGAAACUGACCAUGAUACUAA